GCUUAGCGGUUACCUUUGGAAUACAUUGCUUUUCAAUUAUCAUUUGCCGGCUUGAUGAAUUUGUUUUUAAAACUGUCUGAUAACCAGAUCCAAACACGCGCUACAGACGUUUCCGAUCAAAACUAUCAUAAUUAUAUUAGCGUUAGAAUAAUAAAAGCCACGUGCUUUUUCCCGCCGCGGCAACUGCUGAACCACUGGCAGAAGAAUUCAGUGACCGUUCUGUGAAAUUGGACAAUUUUACACCUUUCCCAAUCGGUAUGUGUUCCGUUAAAUUGCGGAUGCGCUGUAGAUAUAAUUAGCUCGAUUUGUAACCGUCAGGGAGUAGAGGUUGAAGCAAAAUUCUUUCAAAUGUAAAAAUUCAAAGGAAUUUUUCGGCGAGGAAAAUGUUAGUUUUGAAACAAUUUUUCUUAAUUUGUAUAGUGAAAUGGAAUUAUUUGCCCUGUCUUUCUGCUAAAAAUGUCGAAGACAUUUUGAUACCAAAAGAGAAAACCCGAUGGCUGGCAGAUCAAUUAAAUUAUGAUGAUUAUAUUCAGAUACAGAAUACAGUGAUUACUAGUGUAUGUUUUACUCAAAUUUUAACAGUUAUUGACUGGAUAAAAGAGCCCAGAAGCAGAAUUGUGUCCGGUGUAUCUUGGCUUAUCAGUGGGCCUUCUAAAAACAACGAACUUCAAACAUGUACAACGUCUCCAUUUGGAAAAAAUGAGGAUCCCUUGAUGUGUCCCCAUGGAUACACCUGUCACGUGAUAAUAAAGGGUAACAGGAAGAAAAGAAUCCAGAACAGAGGAUACUGUGUUCCGGAAAAAGAAACAGCAGUUGUUCGUGGCCAUCGUAAACAAAACAACAGGUCGUCAGCCACUGGACAAUGUAUACUUGAUAAAUACAUUUUAGCGGAAGGAGCUUUCAUGUUAUUCGAUGGCAAAAAAUGCUUUUGCAAAAAAGGUUUUCUAGAAUGCUUGGAAAUGAAAGGGUGAAUGGAUAAUACGUUUUGGUGGAGGAAAGGAUAAUGUUAAAAUAAUAAAGAGAAAUAAAAUACAUGUACAUUG